AAAAUGUCAAAAAUAAACCUUCAAAAGCUGAUUGCCGUUUUGAAAGAAAAUGGAUGUACUCCUUGUCAGUGGAAAAAUGUAAAAUCUGGUGAUGAUAUCAUCAUUAAGUCUUGCAAAGCAUGUUUUAAUCAGAAUACAUGUUUGAAAAAUCGAUUAAGGAUUAGACGAAUACUAGUAGACAGGAGGAAUGAUAUAUUGAAAUUAUACAAUCAGUUUGAACCAGAAAAAAAAAAUUUCACUAACAAAGUGAGGGCAGUACUGAAUGAGCUACCAUUUGAAGUGAAGCGCAUAGAUUCUGAAAUUGUAAUUGAAAUUUGCAAGAGGUUAGGACUAGUAUGGAAUGCCGAUAAAUGGAAAGUACAAGCAUUGAAAAAUCAUGAUAAAGUAAAUUCAGCUUUGCGUCAUAUUUUUAAACAGGACAGUAAAAAGGUAAAAACACCAGUUGAAAAGGUAAUGUUAUAUGAAAAUAUUGGGCAGGUGUCUGUUGGUGAUGAUUUUUUGUCAAGUUCUAGGUUAAUGGAGACAAGUAUAACAGUAAAGGAGAUAACUGAUCAUGGAUCUUUAUUGUUGAAACCAAAUCUCGAGGAGUCGAUUGUUGAUGAAUUUAUCACUCCUACAAAACGAAAUGAAGUUAUUGAUAUUGUGGAAUGUGUUAAUGAUCAACUAUUAACACACAAUUGCAACAGCGAUAUUAAGGGAAAAAUAUCACAGGUGGAAAAUUUAAUUACAGAUGAAAAAACUCCUAAAGAAAAGGUAAUGUGUGGUUCCAAUGCAGAACAGUUAUCUGUUGUUGAUGAAACUUUAUACAAUUUUAGGUUGAUACAGAGAAAUGAGGAUAUUAUGGAAGUUGCAUCUAUCUAUUCGUCCAGUGUAGAGAAUAUGUUAGACACUUCUAAUGAUACUGUAUUGUUGGAACAAAGUCCUAAAGAGUCAAAUUUUGUGUUUGUGACUCCUACUCAAAGAAAUGUUGCAGGAACUCCUAGAAGAAAAUUAUUCCAUGAUAAUAUAACUGGAACUUCAUUAUUCGAAUGUAAUAGUUCAAUUGAUUUACUCAGAAACACUGGUAAAACAAGAGACAAAUUUAUUAGUCCGAUAAAGAGUCCGUUAAAACGUUUAAAUGAUAGACAUUUUAAUAAAAGCCCUGGGGAGCUUUUACCACGAGGUUCUAAGAAUGUGUCUCCUCUAAACAUUAAAGGAGAAUAUUAUGAAUGUAACUUCAAAGAAGGGGACUUUAUAAUUCCAAAAGAUGAAUGGAAUCAUAUAUUUAAAGACGGAAAACUAAAUAUAAAAAGGUAUCCUGGUGUUAUCAGGAAACAUCUUCAAGAAGUGAAUAACACUUGUAUAUUGUAUAUUAAAAAACUAGAAUACAUUAAGACUGAAAAAUCAAUGAAGCUGAAGAUGUAUUGUAAACAUGGUGACUGUAAGAAGUUGAAACUACACAUUUUGUGUACUGGUGAAGAAGCAGUUGUUGAAGUUUACAGUACGAGUAAAAACUUUAAUCAUAAACCAGAUGCUCGAUACACUACUCAAAUUAGGGGAGCUGAGAGAAAAAUUAUUGCAGAAAAAAUUAAAGAGAAAAGUGCUUUUAAGUAUAGACAGGAAUGUGUAUUAUCAGUUUCACCUGUUAAAUUAAUAAAUUGUGGAAAUUUGCAAACAAUUAAAUCUCCUUCGAUGUUAAGGAAACUGAAUAGUGAACAACAGUUAAAAGGGGAUUUCAACCAAAAUGAUCACUUUGAUGUAGUUUUAAUGGCUAAAGAACAUCCCUGGUUGAAUAUGAAAGUUCCCGAAAGUAUAGAAGAGUCAUUCAAUGUAACAUGGGCAAGCCAACAGCAGUUGGCAAUAGUUCAAAAUUUAUUUAAACAAGGUGUGUUAACAACUAUUCAUGUGGAUUCAACAGGAUCAGUGGUUAGGCCCCCACAGAACUCAACAAAACGAACUAUUUAUUAUUAUGCUUGUGUAGUGCGUAUAGGUAAAAUUGAAACCGUAUGCCCAAUAACUGAUAUGGUCAGUGCAACGCAUGAUAGAGAAACUGUAACAGAAUGGUUGAAAUGUUUCAAAGAUCUAAUAAUUGCAAAAGAUCCAAGUAUCUGGCCGCCUUUCAAAAAUGUUGUAACUGAUUUCAGUUGGGCUUUUAUGCACGGCAUUUCUAAAGCAUGGAAUGGUAAAGAAACAAUAUUUGAAUACCUGGAUAUGUGUCACAGAAUAUUAACUGGAAGAGAAACAUUGUCUUCUAGCACAGUAGUUAUUACUUCUUGUACAAACCAUUAUGUUAAAAAUAUUCUGAACCAUGUAAAACGGUAUUAUCCAGAUGAUGAAAAAACAGCGUUUUACAUAGCCAGAUGUGUUGGAUUAGUGUUUGAAAUGAACAAUUAUGAAGAAAUCAAACAUUGGUUUGAGUUGCUGUCAACUAUGAUCUUGUCAGACAAGUCAACAGAAACGUGUAAAGCAGCAAGUAUGGAAAUGAAAUCAUACCUACAAAAAAACCAUGGAUUAGGUUGA